AUGCAGAAUUGGCAGACUGAUCUGGCAGCAUUGACUUCUACGAUUCCUGCUUCGCCUUCCAUUAACAUGGAGGAGCAGGGAUUAAACUUCUUUGUGACUCAAUUCAUGACAACCGUCUCAGGAGUAGAUGAAGGAUCUUUUAUUUUGUCAUCAUCUCCACUAUUGAAAACGCUAGCUGUGGAGCUUCCGCUUCGAGAGGCCGUCAUUUCGGUUGGAUUAGCCGCAUUGUCGAACGUCACUCAAGAUCGUAGCCUGCUCCGAUUGGCAAGGCAGAAGUACGUGGUAUCUAUAAAUGCCGUUCGUCAAGCUGUGGAGCAUCCAGAGAAAGCCAAUCCGGAUCGAACACUGAAGCUAAUUCUGAUGUUAAGUUUGUACGAGAUGGUCUGCUGUACAUCCACUAGUAUUGACAUGUGGCUGGUGCACUUGAAUGGAGCAGCAGCUUUGCUCCGACAAGGAUCCUUCGAGCGGGUGAUGGAAUCCGAAGACUCCCGGCCACGCAUGCAAUUUUAUUACAUUUCCAUGGUCAAGUAUUUCCUUUGUCACGCUAAAAUACCACCCGAGCUGCUGGACUUUGAUGUCGAAUCAAUUAAAACCUCCAACGACAAUGAUCUCCCUGCUGUUAGCUUGAUUGAGAUCCUUGUGCGGUGCAUGAUACUGCAUUCUAAACGCCAUGAUAUGGACCCCGAACUCUGUUUACAAGUAGCAAUAGGCUUGGAAGCAGAGCUUUUUGAAUGGGAACACUCUCUACCAGAGAGGUGGCAGUUUCAUAUGGAAUAUUCCAAUGACAUUCAAAAUACUUUCCAUGGGCAGUAUGUGGUAUACCAAGACAUAUGGGCGUCAAGGGAUAUUAAUCAUUAUUUUUGGGGACGGCUGCUCAUCACCGAGCUCAUUGUGAUGAGUAUCUCAAAAAUAGCGUCUCUGGGACUUUUAGCUCCAAGCCAUCUCGAACUACGCCAGCAAGCUAUGAAUACAUCUUCGCUCAUGGCUGAGUAUGUUUGUGCUGGUGCUGCAUCCCAGCUCGGCUUUUACGGGAAGGGAGUUCCAUUCCGAAAACUAUCAUGCUUGCCACCAUUGAAUGGCGUCUUUAUGCUGCUGUUUCCGAUGUCAAUUGCUGGCAGUUCACCUGCCGCGCGUGAUGAGGUUAGUGAGUGGGUGAUUCAAAAGUUUGAGUUCAUUAGUGCUAGUAUGGGGAUUCAACGGGCUCGGGAACUGAUUCCAAGGAUAAAGCUGGUUCGUGCUUGGAAAGCAGAGUGUAUCAGUAUUCCUUUUUGA